UGCCAGGCCGAUGGUGAUACGCAAGUUGUGUCUACCGACAUCAUGGAUGACCUAGCGGACAAGUUCCGCAAGGCCAAUGCGGAGAUUGACCUGGAAGCCAUGGCUGCGGACAUGCCUGACUUGGUAACCCGCCGGGAGCAGCUGUCAUCGAAGGCCAAGCUUGCGGCUGCUCGUGCGGAGAAGAAGCAGGCCAAUACCGAUAAGAAGCCGCCCAAGGGUUGGAAGAAGGGGAAGAAGAAUCCGCCCGACGUGGGCAGCGAGCCCUGCGAGAAGGGUAUGGAUCCCGAGAUGAUGGAGAUGCCCCCCUUGCCGAAGCCUAAGAAGGGCAAAGGCAAGGCCAAGAGCAAGGCCAAGAAGAGCAAAGCCGGCAAGUGUUCCAAGGUUGAGGAGGUCGAGGCCCCCCCAACGGAAGAGGUUGUGCCACCAGGUGCAAACGAUUGCGAGGAUCCAGCGGAAGAGGUUUUGCCACCAGGCGCAGACGAUUGCGUGGAUCCAGCGGAAGAGGUUUUGCCUGACAACGACAAGGAUGAGCCAAAGCACAAUCGCGCCAAGGCGAAGGGCAAGGCCAAGCCGGGCAAGCGCAAGAGUGAGCGCCUCGACGGGGAUGCUGAGCCAGUUGUCAAGAAGGCCAGAGCCGGUGACGCCCAGAUUCCCAGCACAUUCGCCCGCCGGUACAUGCCUGCUAAGCCUGGUUUCUCACGGGAGCGAUGGCAGGCGAUCCGCAUUGCGUUCAACAAGAACAUCUACAAGAAGUUUGCUUGCCCCAGCAAACAUGAGGACUUCAAGUGA